UACUGCUGUGGUAUCCACAGUGCACAACACAGGCGCACCUAACUAAGGCUCUCUUGCAGGUAUAAUUCAUUUGAUACUAGUUACAAACAGGUGGUGAACAUAACUUACAGGUGGUGGGAAUGGAAGGCAAACUUGUGAAAGACUCUAGAUUCAAGAGUGUUUGUGUUUUCUGUGGUAGCAGUUCUGGGAAGAGGGACUGCUACAGAAACGCUGCCAUUGAUUUGGCUCGAGAGCUGGUGUCUCUGAGGCUUGAUCUUGUGUACGGAGGAGGGAGUAUUGGAUUGAUGGGUUUGGUUUCUCAAGCGGUUCACAUAGCUGGAGGACGUGUUCUUGGGAUCAUACCCAGAACUUUGAUGUCUAAAGAGAUAACUGGUGAAACCGUUGGAGAGGUAAGGCCAGUAGCAGACAUGCACCAAAGGAAGGCUGAGAUGGUCCGCCAUUCUGAUUGCUUCAUUGCCCUACCAGGUGGCUAUGGAACUUUGGAGGAGCUGUUGGAAGUGAUCACCUGGGCUCAACUGGGAAUCCAUGAUAAGCCUGUGGGCUUGCUUAAUGUCGAUGGUUAUUACGACUCUCUGCUCACUUUCAUUGACAAGGCUGUUGAUGAUGGCUUCAUCAAGCCCUCCCAGCGAAACAUCUUUGUCUCAGCAACAAAUGCCAAAGAACUUGUUCAGAAACUGGAGGAGUAUGUGCCUGUACAUGAUGGAGUUAUAGCAAAGACAAUGUGGGAAGUUGAGCAGCAGCAACCACCAACAUCACCAUUGGAACAGGUGGGGUUCAAUACCUCUACUUUGCAGACUGAAAUAGCUCUAUAAAGGCCGGACAAUUAAAAGUUGAAGAAAAGAAAGUUGUUCUAGGCAUUAUUGCUUUUGACUAGUCUGAUUUUUUUUGUCAUACAUAUACCAACCAUUUCAUAAUGGUUUUGUGGGGUUUAAUUGACUUAUUAGUGAAUAAGGCAGGAACAUUGACAUCCUUUUUUGUACUACCUUGUGAAGAUUGAUUAGAGAAAAGUUAGGUUGUUGAGUGGGGUUUAUGUAUUAACUCUUAAGCAUGUAUUUUGUGCCUUGAAUUAUAUACAAGAGAUUAUAUAAAGGAACAAGAAGACAAAUC